AUGAUCGAUAAGAAUGAGUCGAUUCGGCACUUCCUGUGCCGUCGAGGGCCGGACCAGUUCGCUAAACUCCAGAUACCCGUCCACUCGGCGGCUGAGGGCUCGGACUACACUCACGGCCCGCAACUGUGUCUAAUGAGUUCUGGUCUGCAGCUGAGGGGCGGCCGACAACUGUGCGAUCAGCCACUGAUGGACGGCGCGGGUAAUGUCCUGCAAUGGAACGGACAGAUAUUCGCCGGCGAUCUUCUGCCCGAAGACGACACGGAGUCCGAUACGGAAGUGUUGAUGAGAGCGUUGGCCGACUGCGCGGCCGACGACCAGGUGUUGGCCGUAUUGUCGCGAAUCGCCGGCCCCUGGAGUUUCACGUAUUGGGAUCAACUGCGGCGGCGAUUCUGGUUUGGUCGCGAUGUGUUGGGCCGCCGGAGUCUGUGCUGGAACACCGACCGCCGGUCAGAAGUGUUUAUCGUGACCUCCAUCUGUCACUUCGACUACGAGCCGGCCCUCCAAUGGGCGGAAGUGCCCGCAAACGGUGUCUAUUGCCUGAACUUUGGCGCCGAGCGGUCGCUGGAGGCGGCCGUAGACCACAUGAAGCACUACCCGUGGAAUCGGCACAUCUCUGGAGCGGUCACCGAUCGCGCGGCGGACACGCCGUGUCUAACAUCGCCCGUAACGGUUCCGUUGAACACAUCGGUGCCCGUCGACAGCCAAUCAGUGGGCGAAGAGGUGCCCGAAUCGGUGAUCCAGAUGUUUACCGAAGUGUUGCGACAGUCGGUGAGCCGUCGCUGUCAUAAUCAUCAGACACUAUGCAAGAAGUGUUUCAUACGGACAAUGGACGCCACCAAUAGGACCGACUCUCCAACGCCGGCCGCCGUCAGCAGCGGCUGCAACGGCAAUAACGGCCGCCAAGACCUGUCGUCGGACAGCGAGGGCGACGUCAUGGGUACGUCACCCGAUCGGGAACUGUUGCUCAACAAACUGAUGCUGCGAAAGGGCCGCCGGGGGCGCAACUGUACGCACGCCUCCACAGCCAUACUCUUCUCGGGCGGACUCGACUCGACGGUCAUCGCGCUGUUGGCCGACGAGUGCGUGCCGUCGCAGUUGCCGAUCGAUCUGUUGAACGUGGCCUUCGACAGCGACGCACCCGAUCGGGAAACAGGGCUCAAGGCGUGGGAUGAGCUGAAGACACUGCGACCGAACAGGCGCUGGAACUUCGUGUCGAUCUACGUGUCCAAAGAGGAGUUGCAGACAAUGCGUGACAAACACAUCAAAUAUCUGGUGCAGCCGUCGCUCACUGUAUUGGACGAUAGUAUCGGUUGCGCCGUUUGGUUCGCCGCCAACGGUCGCGGACUACUCAUGGAAGACCACGAAGUGACCAAAGUGUACGAAACGCCCGCACGAGUGGUACUGUUGGGUAUGGGAGCCGACGAACAGUUGGCCGGAUAUACGAGACACCGGCGUGUGUUUGAUAGGACGGGUUGGCCGGGACUGGUGGCCGAGAUUGGGCUCGAAGUGGACCGCCUGUCGUCGCGCAAUCUGGGCCGAGACGAUAGGGUGACCAGCGAUCACGGAAGGGAACCUCGCUAUCCGUUUCUGGACGAACAGGUGAUUGACUUUCUGAAUGGGACUCCGGUGUGGCAUAAGUGCGACCUCCGACUCGACCGGUCGGCCGGCGAGAAGCGUCUGUUACGGCUCGUGGCCGAGCGUCUCGGCCUCACAGAGACAUCCCAUCAUCUGAAGCGCGCGAUUCAGUUCGGCUCCAGAAUCGCCAAAAUGGAGGAGUUUAGGGAAAGGGGGGAUCAGGUGUGCACUCGACUCAUGAGCUAA